CUCAUCAAUUCUUCCUCAUUCUCUCUCUCAUCAAAACCCUUCCAAUCCAACCCAUACAACACAACCCAACAAACAUUCUAGUCAGAUUUCCAUCUUCACUCACCUCUUUCUACUUCUUACACUUGCCAAUUUAGAACCACAUGAAUUUAACAUUAUUAUUUCAUCAACUUCAACCCCAUGAAAACAACACUACACAAAAUUUCUUGCCAGCCCAUCUCCAUCUUUAAAUUUUUUCCUGUUUUAUCCAAGCUAAGCUAACCAACUCCAAGAUUCUUCUCUAAAGAAAAAAAAAAAAAAAAAAAAAAUCAAAUAGAGAAAGAUCAAUGACAGUGAUGAUGAUGAUGAUGAUAGCCUUUCUCCAUCUGUUGUUAUUUUCAUUGAUUUCAGUGUGUUCUGGCAACUCUCCACAACUAAAUGAUGAUGUUCUAGGCCUCAUUGUCUUCAAAUCAGACCUCCAUGACCCUUUCUCCUACCUCGAGUCUUGGAACGAAGACGAUAACUCCCCGUGUUCUUGGAACUUCAUACAAUGCAAUCAAGCCACUGGCCGAGUCUCACAUGUAUCCCUCGAUGGCUUAGGCUUGUCGGGUAAAAUUGCAGGAAAAGGGCUUCAAAAGCUGCAAUCCUUAAAGGUACUUUCGCUCUCUGGUAACAAUUUUACUGGUACUAUCAGCCCAGAGUUAGCUCUCAUUCCCACUCUCCAAACUCUCAACCUUAGUCACAAUAGCCUUUCUGGCCGCAUUCCAACUUCCUUCACUAGCAUUACUUCUCUCAGAUUUCUGGAUGUUUCUGAUAAUUUCUUAUCCGGUCCCAUCCCCGAUGACUUCUUCCAACCCAAUUCUGUCUCCGGCCUUAGAUUUCUUUCAUUAUCCAAAAAUUCUUUCGAAGGACCGGUUCCUAGUACCCUCUCGCGAUGCACUUCGCUCAAUUAUCUCAACCUCUCCGAUAACCAUUUCUCUGGUAACUUGAUUUUUUUUGGCGGGAUUUGGUUGUUGACAAGGCUUCGGACGUUAGAUCUUUCCCACAAUUCAUUCUCCGGGCCUGUACCACGAGGGGUCUCCGCCAUACAUAACUUGAAAGUCCUAGAUUUACAAGAAAACCGCUUCUCUGGAUCGAUUCCUUAUGAUAUUGGGUUAUGCCCUCAUUUAAACCGGUUAGAUUUCAGUGACAAUCUUUUCACUGGAAGCCUUCCACCGACGCUUAACAGGCUAAAUUCUCUCACAUUUCUCAGUUUAUCGAACAACGUGUUCGCUGGAGACUUGCCUCAGUGGAUUGGUAACAUGAGUAGUCUCCGACAUUUGGACUUAUCAAGCAAUGGAUUCACUGGAGUCUUACCAUCAUCAAUGGGAGACAUGAAAUCCUUAGUUCAUCUAAGUUUGGGUGACAACAAAGUAACAGGAAACAUUCCUGAGAGCUUGUUUGAUCUCGGGUUAGGCCAGAUAGAUCUUUCAAAGAACGAAUUCAUUGGAGCAAUCCCUUCGGGUUCAAGCAAACUGUUUGAAACUCUUCAAUUUUUGGAUCUGUCAAGAAACAAACUUACAGGGAAUAUUCCAGAGGAAAUAGGUCUUUUCUCCAAGUUGAUGCAUUUGAAUUUAUCUUGGAACAAUCUGCAAUCAAGAAUUCCUCCAGAAUUGGGAUUCUUUCAGAAUUUGAGUGUGUUGGAUCUAAGAAACACUGCAUUGUAUGGGUCAAUUCCUGGUGACAUAUGUGAUUCUGGUAGCUUGGGAAUCCUUCAGUUGGAUGGAAAUUCCUUGACUGGCCCUAUUCCUCAAGAUAUUGGGAACUGUUCAUCUCUCUAUUUAUUGAGCUUGUCCCACAAUAACUUGAAUGGUUCCAUUCCCAAGUCCAUUUCAAUGUUGGAGAAGCUCAAGAUUCUAAAGUUAGAGUUCAACAAACUAAGUGGAGAGAUACCACAAGAGCUUGGUAAGUUGGAAAAUCUACUUGCAGUUAACAUAUCCUAUAACAGGCUCACAGGCAGGCUUCCUGGUGGUAGUAUAUUUCAAAACUUGGACCAAAGUGCUUUGGAGGGAAAUUUGGGCAUUUGCUCACCCUUGUUGAAGGGACCAUGUAAAAUGAAUGUCCCAAAGCCUUUAGUUCUCAACCCAUAUGCCUAUGGCAACCAAAUGGAUGGUCAUAACAAGCACUCCUCAAGAAUCUCGAGAAAUUUUGGGCACCAUAAGUUCCUCAGUGUCUCUGCCAUUGUUGCCAUCUCAGCAGCUAUAGUGAUCGCAGUUGGAGUGAUCGUUAUAAGCCUCGUAAAUGUUUCUGUUCGAAGGAGGCUUAGAUUCAUUGACAAUGCAUUAGAAAGCAUGUGCUCAAGCUCCUCGCGGUCAGGAAGCUUGACCAUGGGGAAACUCAUAUUGUUCGAUUGCAAUGCAGCUUCCUCUUCCCCGGAUUGGACUACUUUGACUAGCCCUCCUGAAUCCUUACUCAACAAAGCAAAUGAGAUUGGUGUUGGAAUUUUCGGAGCGGUUUAUAAAGCUUCAUUGGGAAUGGGAGGGAAAGAAAGAGUAGUGGAUGUUGCAAUCAAGAAACUUGUCACAUCAAACAUAAUCCAAUACCCGCAAGAUUUUGACCGCGAAGUUCGAAUCCUAGGGAAAGCAAGGCACCCAAAUUUGAUAGCAUUAAAAGGGUACUAUUGGACUCCUCAAUUGCAGCUUUUGGUAUCGGAAUACGCGCCCAAUGGUAACUUACAAUCAAGAUUACAUCAAAGGCCUCCUAUAAAUUCUUCUUCUACCCAUCACGGUCAGCGUCAACUACAACCUCCUCUUUCAUGGGCUACCCGAUUCAAGAUUGUGCUUGGAACUGCAAAAGGGCUAGCUCACUUGCACCAUUCGUGUCGCCCGCCCAUCAUUCACUACAACAUUAAACCGAGCAACAUUCUUCUCGAUGAGAAUUUCAAUCCAAAAAUAUCAGAUUUUGGACUUGCUAGGCUCUUGAAAAAGCUCGACAAACACGUUAUGAGUAGCAGAUUCCAGAGAGCGCUAGGUUAUGUGGCCCCAGAGUUAGCGUGCCAAAGCCUAAGGGUGAAUGAAAAGUGUGACAUCUAUGGAUUUGGGGUAUUGAUUCUUGAGCUUGUGACGGGUAGAAGACCGGUCGAGUAUGGGGAGGACAAUGUGGUAAUUUUGAGUGAACAUGUGAGGGUAUUAUUGGAACAAGGGAACCUUUUAGAAUGUGUUGAUCCAAGCAUGGAGGAGUACCCAGAGGAUGAGGUUUUGCCUGUUCUCAAAUUGGCUUUGGUAUGCACUUCACAGAUACCUUCAAGUAGGCCUUCAAUGGCCGAGGUGGUGCAAAUAUUGCAAGUUAUCAAGACCCCAAUUCCACAAAGGAUGGAAAUAUUUUAGCUAGAUGAUCCAAUGAUCAAUGCGUAGUAAAUGAAUUCGAAGCAAUCAAGCUUAAUGCUACGUACCAGAAUUUGUAAUUGGCAUGAUUCGAUUGUGUCAUAUUUCUUCACUUCAUUUUUUUUUUCUUUUUUUUCUUUUUUUAACUUCGUAUUAUUACUGAUGUUCUGUUCUGUUGGCAUAAUUGUAGAACUCUUUUUUUUUUUGAGUUUCAAAAUGUAAUUCUCAUUAUCAAUAUUAGUUGUGAUUUUCCAAUCUCUUUAA